AUGUCUACAUGGAUAAAUAAAAAGUUAAUAUCUUUUUCUGAAAAGGUUAUUGAAAAUGUGAUCGACUCCUUUACAAAUAAGAAUACACCCAUAGAUAAUAUACAGAAUAUGCAAGGGACCCAGCUUGGGAAAAUUAUCAACAAAGUUAUUUCUUCCAAAUACUUUUUUAAAAAUGAUGAUAUAUGUUAUAAUAAAAACAAUUUAGAUUUUAAAUGGUACCUUAAGAAAGAUAGGAAGAAAAGUAGAAAAACCAGAAAAAAGAAAAAAAAAAGGAAAAGAAAAAUGAUAAUGAUGAAAAGGGGUGUAGAAAAUGUCAAGAAUGCUGAUAGUAAUAAUAAUGAUGUGUGUCAUAAUCAGAAUAAUAAUAGUUUUAAUGAUCCUUUAGUUAGUAAAAAUACAAAUUAUAAUAAUUUAUAUACAAAUAAUAAUGAGAACAAUAUGAAGGAAAGUACGUUUUUAAAAAUUGAUGAAUCAUAUUUAUCGACAUCGUAUAUUUUAAAUGGAAAAUUUGUUAGUGGUAAUAAUAUUUUAGGUAGUAGAAAUGAUUUGAAUGAAAAGAAAUAUAUAAAUAUAAAAAGAACUAAUAGUCAUAACGACACAUCAUCCUUAUCAAUAUCUCAAAAUAAUUUUAGGAAAAUAAAAAAGAAAAAGGGUGCAUCGUCCAUAAAUUCAUAUGACGCAUCGUCUCCAAAUGUGUCACCUCCGUCAAUGUAUUCUUCAGAAAAUUUAUCAUAUAAUGAGAAGAGGCAUAAUAAUAAUAAUAAUAAUGAUAGAAAUAUUAAAAGUUAUAAUUAUAGUAGUAGCAACAUCAACAACAGUUGUAGUAGUACUAGUAGUGUUAGUAGUAGUGUUAGUAGUGUUCGUAGUAGUAGUAAUAGUAGCUGUAGUAGUGUUACAUGCAGUGGUAGCUCUCUAAAUAUUUAUAACAGAAACACAUCUUCGCAUGGUUCACAUAAUCAAUUUUGUGGUAGUAUGUCAUCUUAUGAAAAGGAUAAAAAAAAGAACAGAUUGGAUAAUGAGAAUAAAAUGCAAAAUAAAAACAUUUUAAAUAAAAAAAAAAAAAUAUAUAAAAAUAAAAAGAUGCCUAAAACUAUAGAUGGUAAUGAUACGUCCUUAUUAUUAUCAUCAUCUUCUUCAUCUAGUAAUACAAAGGUGUCGUUUGAUAAUAAUGAGAAUUAUGGAAUAAUUAAAGAAUUCAGUCUUUGUAAAAUAAAUUUAUUUAUAAAAGAGGCGAAAUUAUUAUUUUUUAACAAAAAUAUAAGUAUUAGUGAUGUAAGUCUUUAUGUAACUACUAUCAUGGAAGAUAAGAAAUAUAUUGGGAAAUUAAGAAAAUUAAGUUCAAGAACUUUACCUAUGAAUAAUUUAAUUAUCAAUGAAUAUAUAAAUCAUAAUAUAAAAGAUAUAUAUACAGAUAUUAUUAUAAAUAUAAGAUAUAAAAAUAGGAAGAAAGAAAAAGAAGAUAUCAUUUUAGGAAGAGCAAUAAUUCCAUUGUUUCUUAUAUUGAAUACUUAUAAAUGGAAAAUUAAGAAGAUUAAAAAUAAAAUAAGAUAUUGUACAAAAUGUUUUUUAUGGUUACAUAUAUUUCCAUGUAAUAAUAAAUUAUUUAAUUAUAAAUUUUUUAAACCUGUAGAAGGUUUUGAAGAAUAUGGUAUGUUAAAUCCUUUGUAUACAUUAGGUUUUCUGAAUAUUCAAAUAAAGAUAAUAUUUAAGAGAAAUCCAUUGUUUCUAACAUUUUUGAGUAAUAUUAGGAAACCAUUAUUUUAUUAUAAGUUACCUGUACAAUUUGAACCAUUAUAUUGUCAAUAUUAUAGUGAGAAUUUAUAUGUAUAUGCGAAAAACAUUCCUUUAUGGAUAUAUAAAUUUUUUUAUAUCUUUCAUUACAAAAGAUUAGAAGUGAUAUCAUUAAAUUGUUAUGAUUACAUAUGUAUUUUGAUUUUCUGGUUAUUUUUUUUUGAUCUUGUAGUGCUAUCACCUUUUUGUUUAAUAUUUAUUCAUUUAUUUUUUUGUAUCUUUUUUAUUUCUUUAUCAUAUAAGUAUGGGAAAUUUGUACCUCCAUAUUAUAAGAAGAAGAAUUUGUUUUAUAAUUUUCGUCCUAUUCGAGUAAGCCGAGUAAGUAGACGUAACUGUGAUUAUACAAAGAGGAGGAUAGAGACAACAAACUUUAUUUUGAAUGAUCAGAAAAAUGUGGAGAUAUAUAAUAGGGAGAAGAAGUUGGAUCUUUUGGAUGAUAACAAUGUAGAUGCUAAUUAUUGUAAGCAUCCAUAUUGUAGUGAGGAGAAUAAUAUGGAUAAGUUACAUAAGGAUGAAAGGGAUAUUAAUAAAGGGGUUGAUAAAAAUAUUAUUAAGGGUAAGAAUGUGAUAACACGAGGUGGUGGUUUGAAUAUAUAUGACGCAUGUAAGAUGUUUAUAAAAGGAGACACUGUGAUGAAAGCUAAUAUUAUAAAUGACAACAUUGUUUAUGAAAAUUUUAUAAAGGGUGGUAUAAAGAAAAAUGAUGUAAUGAUGGAUAGUGAAGAAGAUAAGGAAAUAAAUGCGGUGUAUAUAAAUAAUAAAAAUGUAGAUAAUAAUAAUAAUAAAACUCCUGUUAGUUGCCCCGAUUGUGAUGAUCAUAAUAAUUUUAAUGUGCAUGCAAGCAAAGAGGAAAAUAAUUCAACUUCCAAUAGGAUGAUUUUACAAAGUGUUUGUAGUGAGAAUAGUUUAAAGGAAACCAUGGGAAAUCAAUCCAUGGGAAAUAAUAGUAAGAUCAAUAAUGAGAAUAAUAAUGAUGCUAAUAGUGUGGAGAAAAGAAAUAUAUUAUUGAACUUAUCUAGUAGUAAGAACAAUGGUAAUGUUACAUCAUGCUUAUGUGAAAAUUUACUUAUAUAUAAUCAAGAUAAAAUUCAAAGGAAGAAAAAGGUGCCAUAUAUAAAUAAGGAAAGGGAUAAUAAGGAUCAUUUAGAUGAAAGGGAUAUGUAUAUAUGUAAUGAUGAUAGUAGUGUGAUUACUUCUAGUGAGAAAGGUGUGAAUAAAGAAAGGAUUCAUAUGAAUAAGGAGAAGUUAAAUUAUAAUGGGUCUAUGGAAUGUAGCAGUGUAUGUGUAGAAAAAAAUAACAUGAGUUAUAUUGCUAGGAGGAUACAAAAUAUGAUGUAUGAUACAAAGGAAAAGAUGAAACUGGAUCAAAUACAUAUGAAUAAGCAUAUGAGUGGAUUUAUGAAGCUUUUUAACGUGAAAAAUGUAGAGAAUGAAAAAGAGAAUGGUAUAGAUAAAUAUCAUGAUAAAGGAGAGAGCGACAAGCAGGUGCCUUCCUUUGUGGAUUCCUACAAAUUAAUGAUUAGUCAAGAGGCGGCAUUUGAAGAAGGAGAAUUUGAUGAAGAGGAUGAAGAAGAGGAAGAACAAGGACAAGGACAAGGACAAGGACAAGGACAAGUACAAGUACAAGUACAAGUACAAGGACAAGGACAAGGACAAGGACAAGGACAAGUACAAGGACAAGUACAAGGACAAGGGCAAGGACAAGUACAAGUACAAGGACAAGUACAAGGACAAGUACAAGGACAAGGACAAAUACAAGGACAAGUACAAGGACAAGAUGAGGAAUCCAAAAAAAUGAGUAGAAUGAUACAUAUUAAGAAAAGGGAAAAUAUUAUAAAUAUUGAGAGCGAGAAUAUUUUAAGUACUGGUGGAAAAAAGAAUGAAUAUAUUAUUAAGGAUAGUAUGAAUAAUACAGAAUAUAUAGAUGAUAUAAUAUAUUAUAAUUCUUGUGAUAAUAUAUUAGAAGAAAAUAAAUCUGAAUAUAAUACAAGUAUGAAUGAACGUGUUAUGGAUAAUAAAAAAGAAGUAAAUAAAAGAUCUAAUAAUUUCUUUUUCUCAUAUAAUAAUAAUAAUAAUAACAAUAAUAAUAGCAAACAUGAGAGCAUGUGGAGAAAUUUAUUAGGUAUACCAUCAAGUAAUAUAGAAACUGUAGAUUUGAAUUCAAAUAAUUGUACGGAAAUAAAAAAUAGUAAUAGAAAAUUCAAUAUUAUAGAUACAUAUGCAAAUAAUACAAUGCAAGAUAAAAGUAAUAUAAAUGAUUUAAGAAAGAAAUAUCCUUAUAUGCCUUUUGUUAAAUCCCCAUUCCACAAUUUUUAUUUAUAUAUGAAUACGGAUGAUAAUAAGAAUAUAUCUAUUUUUUCAAAUAAUGUAGAAGUACCAAAUGUGCAUGUUAUAUUAAAUAGAUUCAUAACGUUGAUAACCUGGACGCAACAUAUUUCUGGGAUCUUUACAAUGGUUUAUGAAAAAAUAAAAUAUGCAUUUAAUUGGGAGUUCAGUUUUUAUACCUUAGUAAAUAUAUUAAUUUUAUUUUUGAUAUGUUAUAGUAUAUCAUUCAUAAUAUACAUGUUUUCUUAUAUACCAUUUGUUUUUUUUCGUUUUUUAUUUUUCGUGACGUGUUCGUAUUUUAUUAUAAGAAGCUAUGAACUUACUGAAGAUGGAAAUAGAGCAUGUUUGUAUUAUAAGAAGAGGAAAAUUCAUUUUCAGAAACAUAGAAAACUUAGUUUGGCAGGUGGUUUGUUUGAAAUAUAUAAAUGGAAGAAUAUAAUAAGAAUAAUAAAAAAAACGUUAAAGAAAAAGGAUACAAAUAUAUUUAAAUAUAUAUUUUUAACUUGUGCUUUCAAAAUAUAUAAGUUGUUUAAAAUAAUAUUUGAGAAUAUAUUAUUGUAUAUAUUAUUUAUAUUAUUUUUUAUAAAAAAUUGGUAUACUCGAUUGUUAAUAUUAAAAGAUAUAGAGCAUAUGCAGAUAGCAAAAUUGCAGGGAUUCAAAAAUUUAUAUUUUUUUAUUCACAAUCGAAUAAUAAAGAGAGAACAGAAAAAUGUUAUGAGUAAUACAUCGUCUAACGAAAUAAAUAAUAGGAAGAGUAGUGUUAUAAAAAUAGUAAAUAUUGAAGAUAUGGAAAAAAAGGAGGAUAAUAUGAAUAAAGGUGAUAAUAAUAUUGAUAAAAACGAUGAUAUUCUGGAUGUAAAUAAUGUGGAUAUUAAUAUAAAUAAUGAUAAUAUGAAUACAAAUAAUGAUAAUAUGAAUACAAAUAAUGAAUAUGAAAUAAUAAAGAGAAGGAAUCAAAAUAAUAUGUUAGAUGCUAAACGUAAAUCUCUUAAAAGUUUUAUGUAUGAGAAUUAUAAGAAUCUUGAAUCAUAUGUAUAUUCUAGUAGCGAUAAAGAAGCAGUGAGUAUAAUUAAUGAGGACGACAUAAUAGAUGAGGAAGAGGAAGGGAAUCACCAAAAAGAAAAAUUAAAUAAAGAUAAUAUAAAUGUAGAUAAGAAUAUAAAUUCUUAUCAGGACAUCCAUAUUGAUCAAGAAAUACAACCAUGUGAUGAUGAAAAUGAUGACAAAUUGUCGUUGAGCCAAGUUACAGAUAAUGGUGCUAUGAACGUAAAUGUGGAUAUAUUCUUACAUUACUAUUUUAAAAAGAGGAAAUAUGAUUUGUUUAACAAUUUUAUAAAUAUUAACAGAAAUCAUAUGUAUACAUAUAAGGACAUUAAUCUGUUUUAUUCAAAUGAAGAUCAGAAAGUGAACAACAUUAAUUAUGGAGAAUAUCUAAACAGUGAUGAUGAUUAUUCAAGUUCUUAUGAUUACAACAAGAGACAAAAGAAAAAACACGUGAAAUAA